GAUGCGCUAGAAAGAAAUCUGGAGUUGUUCAUAGAAAUUAGCAUGCAGCACAGAUAAAGCUGUCUGUCAAAGACAAACUUCUUUGUAGCCGUUUUUUUAUUGAUUUUACAUGAAAACUAGUGGGCAGCAGCCCUGCUCAUAAUCCAAAGAACAUCUUUCAAGACACAUCUAUUCCCUGUUUUUGUGGCACCGACACUCUGAGACAAUGCUGCGUAAUCUUCCUGUCCUUAUUUUUUGCCUUCUUGGCACAGUCACCCUGUGUGGAGCGCAGUCAACCACUGUAACCCCAACUGCAACAACUGCCGAGAGCACGACAGCUGCCACCCCUGGUCCAUCCACCCCUGGUCCAUCCACCCCUGGUCCAUCCACCCCUGGUCCAUCCACCCCUGGUCCAUCCACCCCUGGUCCAUCCAGCCCUGGUCCAGCCACCCCUGGUCCAUCCAGCCCUGGUCCAUCCAGCCCUGGUCCAUCCAGCCCUGGUCCAUCCAGCCCUGGUUCAGCCACCCCUGGUCCAUCCAGCCCUGGUCCAUCCAGCCCUGGUCCAUCCAGCCCUGGUCCAUCCAGCCCUGGUUCAGCCACCCCUGGUUCAGCCACCCCUGGUCCAUCCAGCCCUGGUCCAUCCAGCCCUGGUCCAUCCAGCCCUGGUUCAGCCACCCCUGCCGGAACGUCUACACAAACUGCACCUUCUACGGGAACAUCUCCAAAUACUAUAACCGUCCCUUUGGAGGGAGAUUCACCAGAAGGACUCUCAUCUGGAGCUAUAGCCGGUAUUGCCAUCGGCUCCAUCGCUGGGGUGGCUGCUGUUGGUGGUGGCAUCUUCGGCGUGCUGAAGUACACUGGGAGGUUCUGAGGCCAGUCCAAUCCUGACCCAUUCAACUGGACAAUGAAAAGAUCUCAAUGUCUGAAAGGCUCAAGUCAGAAUAAAACAACAUGACGUGAUAAUAAUGACUUGGGCCAAGAGGACAACAUUAAAGUGAUUUUUACUACUUUGAAAUAAUCUUUGGCUGAUCAAAAGACCAUCCGUUCGGAUGAAAACUGUAUUUUAUACAAAUUAUUUUAGAAGUCGUCUUUGGCUGAGUAUUUUUCAUUGACUGUUUUCUUAAAAAAAUGCUUUGUAAUCAAUCUAUAGAUUUAAUAAAUAAGUGUUAUUGUUCUCUUAA